CUGCCAUGUGCCAGUGACUCCUUUGUGGAAAUGUUUGUACCAUGUUGUUUUGAACUAUUACCUGGAGUGGAUGCAUUACUGAUGAGAUCUGGAGGUCUGCAGCCAAAGAGCUCUCACAGUUUGUGAGUGCAAAACCAGCGGAUUAGCUCUCCGCCUUCAGCGAGAGAAACCAAUGACCGAAAGUCGAUACCGGUGGCUUAUUGGACGCGCUGGAUGGCUACUGCACUCAGCGAACCGGCGUGAAUCUCUCUAUCAUCAUCAUCUUUCUCUGCCUCUGAGCCUACAAACAAACCAGCAACUGCAGCAACAAUGACAGACCCGGCGACCCAGGAGUCCUACCCUGUCCCAGACCCGACUAUUGUGGAUCCCUGCCCGGCCACAGUGCGGAACGGCCAGUGCGCCCCGGAUGGAUUCACUAACAACCACCACCAGCAAGCCAAAACCCCCAGCCAGCCCGAGGCUCUAAACACGAGCCAGGAGAUGAAAAUCACAGACAGUGUGGAGGGAGAAGGUCUUCUCGAAAGCAGCAUGCGCCUGAAACCUCACGAGGCUCAGAGCUACAGGAAGAAGGCUCUCUGGGUGUCCUGGGUCUCCAUCGUGAUCACACUCAUACUGGCUGUGGCAGCUUUCACUGUAUCAUUCAUGAGACACAGCGCAUCCGCCUUUGGAUUUGCCUUCGAUGCCACGCUGGAUGUCAUGUCAUCAUGCAUUGUCAUCUGGCGCUACAGCAAUGCAGCAGCUGUGCACUCUGCACACAGAGAGUAUAUAGCAUGUGUAGUUCUUGGGAUUGUGUUUGUUCUCUCCUCCCUGUGCAUCCUGGGAAAGGCCAUCCAUAACCUGGUAAUGGGAUUGCCUCCACAAGUGGAUGACUUCCUGUACAGUGUGUCUAUAGUGAGCGGGUUCAUAUGUUCUCUGCUGGCUGUGGCCAAGUUCUGGUUGGGGAGAGUGCUAACUAGCCGCGCUCUUAUCACUGACGGGUUUAACUCUCUGGUCGGUGCUGUCAUGGGAUUUUCCAUUCUGAUCAGUGCUGAAGUCUUCAAACACGAUGAUGACGUUUGGUUUCUGGAUGGAACCAUUGGGGUUCUUAUCGGGCUCAUCAUUUUGGCAUACGGCGUCAAACUCCUGAGAGAUAUGGUUCCCCGGGUGAGGCAGACGAGGAACUACGAGCGUUUUGAGUGAGGGGCUCAAAGCGGGUUCACGCGCACAUCCACACACCUGGCUGCCUCCUACUCUUUGCCCUCCUUCUCUCUUUCGUUCAUGCACACUUUAAAACACAUUUCCCCUGCACAUGCAGAACAAACAGACUCUCAUUACCUUUGUUCUUCUACAUGUGCUGUAUAUAAUGUACAUAGUACAUGCAUACAUUCAGACAGAAACAAACACAUAUAUUUAAGAGACUCUAAGAGGAACGAAUAUGUUUGAAGAGCACCACUUGGAAAGAAAACACGUUCACUUUUUGUCCCUGAAUCCACCAGUUUUAAAAAUUACACCAAGAGUAAGGAGAGAACCUAAACACUGAGACUACUGCAGACCAACAGGAGCCAGGGCAUUCAGUAGCUGCUUCUUUGAAAAUAAUAAAAUGUAUCAAAGAAUGUAACUUUUACUUGAAUUAGACCUUCACAAUAAAGAAAUAUGUUUUCUUGUA